GACCGCCGGCCAGAGGAGGAGCAAGCAGGGCAGGACCUGCCCUGGGGCCCUGGGGCGAGCUGCCUCGGACGGGCAGCGCCGCUCAGAGCACCCGGCUGCAGCGGGGCUGCCCGGGCUGCGCGGCUGCAGGCCCGCAGACCUGUAGGACAGGCAGCCUCGGCGCCUCGCAGGAGUCUCCCGAGGAGACGGCAGCACCCCGGCACCCUUGCCCAUCGGGAGCCAGGGCUGGGCACGUGCCAAGUGCAGGCAAGGAGCCGGAGCGCUUCCCAGCGGCACACCUCUGCUUGCCUUUGCAGAGCUGAUGGCCUGGUCUACUGCCAGGCCCGGACAAAACUCGGGACCACAUCACGGACCACAGACCCGGCUGUAAGAAGGAACAGUGUGUGCUGCCAGUAAGUGCUGUCCUGCUCACCGUAGGAAACGCGGCUGCCGACUCACAGACCUGUGUGAUGCCUCUCAAGCUCUAUUUCUGCUUUCUGAACAAUCAAAGAGAAUCCAUACCUUCCUGAAGUGUGCUUCAGCUAAAAACAAAGUGCUAUCCCACGACCACCAGGCUUCUCCGAGGACCCCAGCCCUGCCUGAGACGCUCACCGACGCUGGAGCCCUGGUAAGGGGACGCCCCCCAGAGACACCGCGUCAGCACCACCCGCCACCCCCUGCAAACUCCCCCCGGGUCUGGCAAAGUACCCGGGACAACACCGCUCCCCCCGGCUGCUCGCAGCCCAUGUCUGCAGCGCGUGACACCCGCAUAGAGCAGGGAAGCAGGAAAAUGGGCCCCUUCAAACCCCAGCAGAGAGGGGAGAGGGCCUGAACGGGACACAGGACUGCGAGGACGCUGGACAAGCAGGGAAGCAGCUGGCACAGGGAACAAAAUGGGCCAGGCCGUGCAGGGCAGGUGUGCGGAACGGUCACGCGUGACAUGGCACGGGGCAGCAGGACAGAGUAAAAGGACACAGCAGCCACUCCUCUAAGCACCACGGGCCACUGGGUUCACUGCAGCAGCCAUGCAGGCAGACGGGGUCUGCUCCCUGCUGCAGGGCUGCCCGAGUCAGAGCAGGGUUAAAACCUGCAACCUCUGGCACUCACCGCUUCUUCCUGAGCUACCAGCUUAACCCUCUUUUCUCCCAAGACAUCUGAAGAGCAAUGACUCUUUAGGUCAGAUGGAUUUCCUUCAACUUGCCUGGAAAAUGGAAGCCUGAUGACUUGAGACAGGACACACAGAGUCCGCAGGACAGGAAUGCUAAAGCUGCCGCCCACCAGCACACAGGAUAUUUCACACGACAGAACCUGUGAGAACGGUACCAGUGAAGCAUGCUGUUACCGGCAAAUCCCCGCAGGAGCCACAGGUGAAAGAGCCAGAGGUGUGGUAGUGCAGCAGGGACUGCGAGGAGAGGAGGGCGCCCAGCUGCAGGCUGCUGAAGGAGGUCAACUGUGCCCUGCCUCUGACACCCAGAUCCUCCGCAGUCCCCAGGCGGCCAAACCUCCACAUCUCGGCAGCUGCCUAGCAGGCCUGCACUCAGACUCUCAGAGAAGCUGAAUGCUCAAAGCUCAGCCGAGACAAAAUAUAAGGCACUAUAAGAACGCUAAAUGAAAUGAACCUCCAAAUUCAUCACCUGAAAGCAAUGAUUAAUUGACCGUUAUGGCUUCAACCAGGGAGUCUCAGAAAUAAAAGAGGGAUAAGAACACUCACAAUAAUGAAAGGCAAUUUUGUUAAGGUCUCUGAAGAUAUCACCUUAUUUCACUGAGAGAGAUUCAAUGCAAUUAAGGAGACUAUUAAUUCAAGAUAACAAGCCUUGGCUCUGAGUACAGGACGCGUACACUGCAGCAAAGCAUUAGCAGGCCACACUUGGGCCCCUUCUAGUAAGGUGAUACACGCUCACAGAAGGAAAGUCCAUGAGGAAAUUGUGUGUCCAAAGGCAGGCUUGGGUCGUGCACUGUGAAGCAAAGAUUAAGUCAUGUACUGCAUGUUUAUUAACACUACUGUAUACCAUUUACAAAUUUUACUUUAAUAUAAACAUCAAUGCUUUCCCAGAUUAAUAAGAGAUUAUAUUUGAUUAUCCUUUACCAUAUAUUUCAGCUAGUUUUGUGCUUGGCUUUGAAGCCUCCCAGUAAACAUAUGGGAAGAACAGGAAGGGAGGAAGACAGACAGACAUGUGGCUAAGUUAAAAAAAAAAUAUAUAAUAAUAAUAAUUUGAAAAAAGAAAGAAAAUAGCCAUACACCAGGGAUUUAUCACUUGUCCCAAGAAUAAACCUCUCGGCAUUUGAGCACGCCCCGAGCAAACACGACGUAACCCCAUGAACUCCUGUUCAGGACACUCCCAUUAACUAAAACAGAAGCUAUCGGGGUAGCAAGCUUUAUAGAAAAGGUCACAGCAAGGCCUGGGAACAGCUUGGGGAAAGAAAACAGCAACCCUUAAGCCUACUGCUUGGCUAACUGCACAAAUGUGUCUUUUUUGAAACCAAUUCAAAGCCGAUCUUUGUGGAAGUACGUAUAAGUACACUAAAAUAGCACCGACCAUCUGUAGCACUUGACAUUUCGACCACAUUUGGUGAAGCGGCUCACCAACUUUCUGCUUGUGGAGAUCAAGCUCGAUUCUGAAACUUCAUCACUAUCAACAUAGAUAAUGAAGAUAAUAUUUCAAAGCAUUCACUGAAAGAACUGACAGACUACCCAGCUGCAAAGGAAUAACCCAAUGGGUAAAGCAGAAAAAACAGGAGACUUCACUCUAACCAGUAAGUAACGACCUGCUGCAGCUUAUAGCGUUCCUAUAGCGAUUCUUAUUGUAAGGCAAUUGUAAAGGGUGUAUUUUGUAAAUUUAUUUGAUAGCUGAAAAGUCUUUCCAGGUGAAAGAUCAUGCCUCUUCAUUACACAUUUCUCUAUGUUAUUAACAUUCUUGAACAUUUUUUUGAAACUUUUAAAUAACUACUGUUGUAAUUUAAAAAAAGAAUAAUAGACAAACAAGGGUCAACAGGGAAUCAUUCAGGUGCUAUACAAGCCACAAACAAAUUAUUUAAAACACAAUUGAACUGUAAAUAAAUACAACAGACAAGGCAAAUGCCUAUUAGUCUGAGACAUGGAGCAGACUAAAGCUGCUGCACCUAAGGCUGCCGAUCUGUACAGACAAGGAUUGUUCUGGAUUUGUGUAAACAGUUGAGGUGUAAUCAGUAAAAGAUAUUCUUCUUAAGCAACUAUUUCUGUUUUAAUUUUUGAUCAAGGAAACAUAACUAAUUUAAAACAUCAGAAAUGGCACUAAAAACAAACGUUCUAUUAAUAAAGAAUAUUAAAGGGAACAAUCUUUUGAGACAUUUGUCUCCUUUCAAAUACCCAGUUUUAGGACAAUAAAACUAUCAGUCAUUAAAAUAUUUCACUGACACAGUUGUACAGGAAUAAUUCCAAAUUUGAUAGAUCCAUUGCUACUAAAAGCUGGUUUCUUUAGUCCUCUAAUCACAUCACCAACAGACUGUUCCUGGUACCAUAGUCCUAACUUUUAGAAUCAUUGCUGCUUAAUUCAAAUAUUUAACUGAUGGGAGACAGGAAGGAUUUGGAGAUUUUUUUGUAAGGCUUAAUUAAAAAGCCUGGAAUAUUUGGGUUAGAUCUGAAAAUGAUUCCAUAUACAAAGCAGCUCAAAGCAUUGCCCAGGUUUCAGUGUGAAUAUCAGGGAUCAGACACCGAUGUAGGCUCUAAUCUUUCAAAGAUAAAAGACUGCGUUCUUAGAAUAGUUUAGAGCCUUGUCUAAAAAUCAGAAAUGAAAACAGAAUGAAAAUUUCAACUUCUCAUCAGGAAAAUGAGGCUGUUAAAUUUCAUACAUAAAAAGUAGCACAGGGACCCCUGGACAGUAAGAAGAAAUGAAACAAUUACUGGCGGUUUUUGCAAGACUGAAAUUCUCCCCUCGAGUGUCCUCACCCUGCAACCAAACGAGCUCACGUUGCCCUUCAAAAGCUUGCUAUUUUAACAAGAAAAUAAACGAUCUUAUCUACAACAGCUCUUUAUACCAGUUGGCUCUCCUCACUGGCUUUGUCCUUCAGAACACCAGAAAUUAAUCAUAAAUGCUGAGAAAACAUAACAUAUGAUCUAAUUGUCUGAAAAAAUUUUGGUCAGGAAAACCUGUUAUAAAAUGAUGUCAAUGCCAAAUGCUGUCUGCAUUAAAGGAACCAUUUUAUGUGGUGCACCAUCUCCUGACACGUUAACAACAGCAAGUUCUUUGCUGAAGUCGUUUCCGAGCUCCCCAGAAGCCACCCGUGGAAGGCAGCGCACGGAGCACGGCUCAGGCAGCUGGAACGCCGUGGUCUUCAGGAGCGCUGAGCCCCAGAGCCAAGCCCAGCUGCAGGGCAGGGUGCUCAGCGUGCUCAGCACCUCCGCAAGUCCCCCGGUCACGUAACUCAUCCCCACUGCCCUCUUUCCAGGCUGGUGCAGCAGACUAAGUUGCUUUGAUCUAACCUGGAAAUAACAAGUUACUUUCUUUUCCUCAUCACUAGGUCACCUGAAAAUGUCAGCCCACUUUUUUUUUUUUUCUUUUUCUAAAUGGUGAGAAGAUGGGGAGGAAAAGAAGGAAGGGAGGAAUAAACUGAACAAAUGCUCAGUACACAGUUCUGUGUCAGGUUUAGAAACAGCUGUUUUACAUCCAUCUUGAAAUGAGAAUUCACUUACAACUGUAACAAAAAAAAAAGUCAAGACUUUCUACCGCAACACUGCAUACUGUGAAGGAUGCUAAUAGGACUCCUCUCUGCCCAGUCACUGGCAGCAAAUGUUGGGAAUGCACUGAACGUACAAACUUGGGGAUUGUUUUUGCAGACACAAGGAAUGAGAAACACAGACACAGAAUCAUAAAUUCAUAAGGUUUUAUGUACGUCGUGUUACACGAAUAAGUUAAAUUCUAUUUAUUCUUUCUUCCCCUCAAGAAUUAUAUAGCCAACCAAAAGAAUACACACCGCCAGGAGCAAUAUAAUCCCAAAAAAGAGAUGUCACAAAAGAUGUCGUGGCUUUAUUCCAUGUGUGUUUUUUUUUUGUUGAAAUAACAUUUGACUGGCCACAAGAUACCGCCAGUUUCUCUCAAUCUGAGCAUCUUGGCUGCUCUCUUCAGGUAGAAAUGAGGAGGAAAAAAAGUCCAGGCUAGGACUGCUGCUGUCCUGUGCAAGGCAAAGGGCUGCAGACAGAGCUGGUGGUUAAGGGUCAGGGUGAGAUCCUGUCCACCAGGUCAGUCAAGGGACUACGGUGCUUGGCGAUGCUAAGCAGGGACACUGACAGAAGGAGUGACUGUGUAGGGCUUGGGGAUGAGAUGCAUACAGGAGGAAAAAGCAGACAGCACUUGGGACGGACAGUAUAGAAACCCCGGCAGUAACAUCGGGACUGGCAUGUCAUGUGUCUUAAGAAAACCCCAAAGGACUUUCUGAUUUGGAGGAACGCACCAGUUCAGUGACCUCCUGCGGCAGGAGAUGGCAUCCCAUGGACCCACCGUGUGCCCAGCAGCUCCGGUCCUCUGGGGAGCGCAGCCAGGUGCCUUCAGAGAGCAAGUAGGGACAAGGCCUUUCACAAAGAGCUACGUCUGACCAGGUGACAACAAGGGCAGAUACGUUUUAUCAUGAAUACAAAUGACAUGAUGCACGUGAGAGGGACAAGAGGCCCCGAUCUUACCCACACAGCGGUGGGCUCCAGGUUGAACACGGCUGCUACCUCUGUGGCUCUGUCCCUAACAAAUGGUGAAGUCCUGCUGAAAGACCCAGGACUCCCCCGCAGUACUUAUCCCUAGCUCACCCAGCAAGAGGAGAGGCUCUGUGCCUGCGAAUGGAAGGCUCUCUAGACCCUUAAUACCUUAACAAAAACCACCACAGCAGUGAAAUCAAGAAAGGAACAAAGAUAUUGUAAGAUGUUCAACUCCAGCACAAACUCCUCGGGAAACAACUGCAGUUACGACACUGUAAUAACUAAGACAGUCAUUCCCCUGGUCUACUGUUUAAUUUUCAUAGUAGGAUUCCUGCUGAACAGUGUGGCAGCAUGGAUCUUCCUAUACGUUUCUAGCGAGAAGAGCUUUAUUGUCUAUCUCAAAAACAUUGUUGUUGCUGAUCUCCUAAUGAGCUUGACGUUUCCUUUCAAAAUUCUUGCUGAUUCAGAAAUUGCACAUCCACAGCUCAACAUGUUUGUGUGCAGAUACUCUGCAGUUGUUUUUUAUACAAACAUGUAUAUUGGAAUAACAUUUUUUGGCCUCAUAGGUUUUGACAGAUACUAUAAAAUUGUAAAGCCUUUAUUCACCUCCUUUGUUCACACGGUUAACUACAGUAAGGUUAUCUCUAUAAUCAUAUGGUUAUUGUUUAUGUUUAUAUCCCUUCCAAAUAUGAUUUUAACUACUGAAGUCUCUAAAGCAAAUUAUUCCAGAAAAUGUAUUGGUCUUAAAAGCGAGCUUGGCAGACAGUGGCACAAGGUGUCAAGUUACAUUUGCACAGGGAUUUUCUGGAUUGUUUUUCUUCUACUAAUCAUUUUUUACACUUCAAUAUCAAAAAAAAUAUAUAGCUCCUAUAAAAAAUUCAGAAGGAACUCAGACAUUACCAAGAGAAAAACCAGUCGUAAUAUAUUCAGUAUCAUGUUUGUAUUUGUCAUUUGCUUUGUGCCAUAUCACUUCUGCAGAAUACCAUACACUUUAAGUCAAACUAGCUCACAGUUCAACUGCCAGUCACAAACAACUCUGUUCUAUGCAAAGGAGUUUACUCUUGUGUUGUCUGCUGCAAACGUGUGCCUUGAUCCCAUUAUUUAUUUUUUCCUCUGCCUACCUUUUAGAGAAAAGCUGUAUCAAAAACUGCACCUGAAGCUGAAAACUUCACGUGAGGUUGACAUUUCUAAAUCUAGAAGAUCAAAUACACUUCAGGAAAGUGUGAAUAUUCUGUAAGUUUAGGUCUGUAAAAUAACGCACGCUUGAGAGUUACUCAAGAACGCAAUGUCUCAGAAAGAAACUGAACAGAUGAGAAACAGCAAUAAAACAGAAAAAAAUGUUUCUGAGUAAAAUACCAAGUGGCAUUUCUCCCUAUAAAAAGAUUUUUGCAUGCUAUCAGUAUAUUUACUAUGUGCUAUUUCAGCUGAUGCUAUGAUUGCAUUAUGGUGUGAUAUGACCUAUCUUGAUCUCAAAAAAAGAGAGGAAUAACUGGACCAAAACAUUCUGGGGCUCCAGUCCACAGUUCUCUGAAAGGAUUAUCCAACAUCCUAAUCAUCAAAUUGAUCUUCUGUUUCUCGUGAAGCCAGGCACGACACACAUGCAUAGCAGGAAAACAGCCUGAAGGGCCUGGGAACGACUGAUUGUCCCACAUCGACUGGAGCAGACUGCUCCAAAGCAACACGAAAAGCUGAGCAUAACCCCUCUCUGACUUGGCCUCUACCAGCCAGCUGAAGAGUACUGAGAUCCUGAGGGGAAGUUCUGUGGGUAUU